AUGGGCCAUGCCUCCUUGGCACCCAGCAGCUAUGUUAACACACAUUCCGUGGAACCUCCGAAGCCUCCACUGCCAGUUAUCGCUUCCAGCAGUCCUGCUGUCACAGCAGGUGCCAAACCGGUGUCAGUUUCGGCCUCGUCGAGCCCGACGAGGCCCUCGACCGGUUCGGGACCGACAAUCAGCAAGCGGGCCCGCACGGCGUACACUUCGCAGCAGCUGAUCGAACUGGAGAAGGAGUUCAGCAUCAACCGCUACCUCUGCCGCCCGCGGCGCAUUGAGCUGGCAGCUCAGCUGGGUUUGACUGAGCGCCAGAUCAAAAUCUGGUUCCAGAACCGUCGAAUGAAGUACAAGAAGGAGAAGAAGGCCAAGGAAGCAAUGGAAGCUGCAGAGGCAGCAGGCAGUGACCAGGAGCUCUCCGCCCACCGUCGUCAAUCGUCAGCACGCAGCACACAUUCUCAGCAGAAGAGCACGUCAUCUCCCCCACCACUAAAGGGCCUGGCCAACCCUGGGCCAUCAGCUGUCAUAUGUGCUACCAUGCCAACAGCAGCAGCAACAGCAGUUGGAGGUGGUGGGGGAUGUACACUUGAUGGGUAUCAGAACCCAGGUCCAGACUUCAAUGAGUUGCUUGUGACACACAAGCCGGUCCAGCAGACUCCACACGUAUCACCUCCAGUACAGAUAAAUCCAAACUUUACACCAACUGAGGCUUAUGACAGCUCAAAUUAUUUUGCACAACAGAUGCAAUAUGACUACUUACAACCAAAUGUUUCUGAGGAUAGACUACAGCAUUACCAAAUGCAUGUUCCACCACAAGUAUAUCAGCCAACAUUCCAGUCAAUGUUGCCUGCAGGCUUUCCACAGCCAGAUGACCUUCUGUCGGUGCUACCUGGCUCUUCCAUGGACAUCAAGCCACCGGUAAUUCAAAAAAUGGAGCAUAUGGAUACAUACCAGGAACCUCUGCAGGCAGGUUUGGUACCCGCAUACAAGCAGGAGAUUUUUUGGGACCACCAGGAUCAGCAACAGCAACAACAACAACAACAACAACAACAACAACAACAAUGCCCACCACCCGCAUAUCCGGACAACUACGCUGAGAAUAACAGCAGUGCCAGCUACUCCACUGUGUCUCCGCCGAGCUUGACAGAACUUUAA